UGAAUUUUUCAGUGGCCAUUUUCCUUUUCAUUUCAUUUUCCGCAAGCCAAGCCAAGUGUGGGACCACGCGUUACUAACGCCAUUUUUUUCUUUUUGAGCCAUAUUUUUGUCAAUUAGUGUUUUCAAAUGGGUUCCUCGAGACACCGAGAUCGUUCCAGAGAUCGAGAUCGGUCAGAUAAAGACAGGGAUCGCGAUAGAGACCGCGAUAGGGAUAGGGACAGAGAUAGGAGGGGCCGGGAUCGUAGGGACAGGGACCGCGGUAGAGAUAGGGAUAGGGACCGGGAUCGUGAUCGGGACAGGCACAGAGACAGAAGAUCCAGAGACAGACACCGCGACCGGGAUCGCGACAGGAGCCGCAGCUCUUCCAGAAAACGCGAACGCACUCCGGAAGAAAUCGACGGAGAGAAACUGAUAGCAGACACUUUAGCCACAUUGGCUGCCACCAGAAGCUACAACAAUUUCCUUCAACAAACUCAGGCGGCUUUGCAAGGAGAAAAUUCUAAUCAUUCCACAGAAGACGAUGAAGCGGCGGAAAGAAGAAGAAAAAGACGUUCCAGAUGGGGUGGAGGCGAACACGAAAAAAUCUUCAUACCUGGCAUGCCUACUAUUUUGCCAGCAAACUUGAACAAGGACCAGGAAAAGGCUUAUUUGUUGCAACUGCAGAUUGAGGAAGUGAGCCGAAAACUGCGCUCUGGAGACCUUGGAAUUUCACCUAAUCCAGAGGAAAGAUCUCCAUCUCCCGAGCCCAUUUACAGUAGCGACGGCAAAAGGUUGAACACCAGAGAAUUCAGAACUAGAAAAAAACUAGAAGAAGACAGGCAUAAUUUGGUUCUCACGAUGCAAUCGAUUAAUCCCGAAUUUAAACCGCCUGCUGAUUACAAGCCUCCUGUUAUAAGGGUGAGCGACAAAGUGAUGAUACCGCAAGAAGAACAUCCGGAAAUUAAUUUUGUUGGGCUUUUGAUUGGACCGAGAGGCAAUACUUUGAAAACCAUGGAAAAAGACACUGGAGCUAAAAUAAUUAUCAGAGGAAAAGGCAGUGUCAAAGAAGGCAAAGUAGGACGAAAGGAUGGUCAACCUUUACCUGGCGAAGACGAGCCUUUGCACGCCUACAUAACAGCUACAAAUCCUGAAUGUGUUAAAAAAGCCGUAGAAAGAAUAAAAGAAGUUAUAAGACAAGGUGUUGAAGUGCCAGAAAACCAAAACGAUUUGAGACGAAUGCAAUUGAGAGAAUUGGCUCAACUUAAUGGAACUUUGAGAGAAAAUGAUGGGCUAAGAUGUACUAAUUGUGGUGCAAUUGAUCACAAAUCUUGGUUGUGUCCAGACAAGCCAAAUGUUACAAACAACAUUAUGUGUUCAAGCUGUGGCGCUGCCGGGCACAUUGCCAAAGAUUGCAGGUCUAAAAGGCCUGGCCUAGGGGGGCCUCCUAUGCUUGGCGAUAAAGCCAAAAUUGAUGAAGAAUACAUGUCUCUUAUGGCGGAAUUGGGUGAGGGACCACCUCCAGCUCCACCUACAGGCGAAUCCAUGCAAAAACGCACGACGUCCUCGUUCAACAUAUUCUCAGCCCAAGCGGCCCCCAGGCCUCUGAUGGCACCGCCGGGAGCUCCGCCCCCUUGGGGUGCCGCUUGGUGUCCCGCCCCCGCAAUGACCGGAGUGCCGCCGCCGCCUCCUCCUCCAGGGGCAACUACUGGACCACCUCCGCUUAUGUCUCCGUGGUCGAAUCAACCGCCGCCUCCCGGAGCUUCUAGUGUUCCUUCUGUUUGGCCUCCUGCAGCUCCCCCGCCGUUUUGGGGUCAAACUGGUUCGGUUUUGCCGCCCCCACCUCCCGGUUUGGACGUUACCAGUUUGUUGAGUGCCCCGCCGCCGCCGCCACCCUCCAGCUAAAACCAUAAUCUAAGAAGGAUGUAUUUAUUUUUAAAAUGUUUAAUUGUAAUCUUUCUCUUAUAGAGACUCUUUUUGUGCAAGUUAAUUAUUUAAAAUAAUUGUGUAUGAAGUAUAUGAAUAAUGAUUAUAUUUAACCAGUGGUCAUCUCUUGUAAGUUGUCUAAAAUCAAUACAAUUCCCUCCUAA